GUUUGAUUCGGAAGCCAUCUCUAUUUUCCCUUUUGUGAUUGGCUCCCAAAUUUUCGACUGUUUCUUGUUGCAGCGAUCCGCGAACCAUGCUUCGGGGCGUUGCAGCUCGUCGAUUGUUUGCGACACAGGCUACCAUAGCAGAGAAGGACUGCACUUCCAUCACCCCUCCUUAUCCAGUACUGCUUCAAAAGCUCGAACAUGCCCGAAACGCCCUCAAGCGCCCACUCACGCUCGCGGAAAAGAUACUCUACAGCCAUCUCAGUGACCCUCAGAAUGCGUUCCAGAAUGGGUUGACUAGAGGGGAGACUUAUCUGCAACUCAAUCCCCAGAGAGUCGCAAUGCAGGAUGCUUCAGCACAAAUGGCCUUACUUCAGUUUAUGAGUGCCGGACUCUGCCGAACCGCCGUGCCCACCAGUAUUCACUGUGAUCAUCUCAUUCAAGCAUCACAGGGUGCCAAGUUUGAUUUAGAGCGCUCUGUAGAGUCGAAUAAAGAAGUAUUCGACUUCUUGGAAAGUGCUGCUCGCAAGUACGGCAUCGAAUUUUGGAAACCGGGUUCUGGGAUCAUUCAUCAGAUUGUUUUGGAGAACUACGCUGCACCAGGGAUGCUUAUGUUGGGAACAGACUCGCACACACCUAAUGCUGGUGGCCUUGGGUUAUUAGCUAUCGGUGUUGGUGGUGCUGAUGCGGUUGAUGCGAUGACGGGUACCCCAUGGGAGCUCAAGGCACCCCAGAUAGUUGGCGUACAUUUAACUGGCAAGCUUAAUGGUUGGACCACCCCCAAGGAUUUGAUUCUUCACAUUGCGGGGAAGCUUUCCGUUCGUGGAGGCACUGGAAGGAUCUUGGAAUACUUUGGUCCUGGAGUCUUCAGUCAGUCGUGUACUGGUUUAGCCACUAUCGCGAAUAUGGGUGCUGAAGUGGGUGCUACAACGUCUACUUUCCCGUAUUCACCAAAUAUGCGCGCCUAUCUCAACGCAACCGGACGUUCGCCUGUCGCCAAAGCUGCCGACGAAGUAGCUGCACAGUAUCUGUGUGCCGAUGACGGAGCCGAAUACGAUGAAGUCAUCUCGGUUAAUUUGUCAGAUUUAGAACCUACUAUCAAUGGACCUUUCACGCCUGAUCUUGCUACACCCAUAUCAAAAUUCGGGGCUUUCGUGAAGGAGCAGGGAUGGAAAGAUGAACUCUCGGCGGGUCUUAUUGGCUCAUGUACAAACAGCUCAUACGAAGAUAUGACGAGCGUCGCGGAUCUUGCUCGGCAAGCCAAGAAAGCAGGCCUAACCACUAAGGUUCCUUUCCUCUGCACACCGGGAUCGGAGCAAAUCCGUGCGACCAUUGAACGCGAUGAGGUGACUUCAACUUUGCAAGGUGUCGGUGCCGUCGUCUUAGCAAACGCAUGUGGACCUUGUAUUGGCCAAUGGGCGCGAAACGACAAAAAGGACGAAGAGAACGCAAUUUUGACCAGUUUCAACAGGAAUUUCAAGUCGCGCAACGAUGGUAACCGAUUAACAAUGAACUUCCUCGCCUCACCUACCAUCGUGACAGCUAUGGCAUUUUCUGGAAAGCUAUCGUUCAACCCCUUGACGGAUUCUUUGCCUCUACCCUCAGGCGAAUCAUUCAAAUUUGAGCCUCCUGUCGGCCAAGAUCUGCCUGCUGACGGAUUCACUCCGGGUGACCUAAGCUUCUACCCUUCACCUACUCCUGAACCGCGCCCUGAAACUGAAGUGGUGAUCAACAAGGACUCGCAGCGUUUGGAGCUACUUGAACCUUUUACGAGCUAUUUUGGGGAACGUUCAUCUAACCCACGGGGUCUAGAACUCCCGUCACUCAAGGUCUUGAUGAGGGUUCGGGGAAAAUGUACAACUGACCAUAUUUCGGCGGCUGGACCUUGGUUGAAAUACAAAGGACAUCUGACCAACAUAUCGGAAAAUCUUCUGAUAACUGCCGUCAAUGAUGAGGGCGGAGAUGUAAACGUGGCAUUUGACCAUGACCAUGCACCUACGGAACCACCGACCGAUACCAUUCCUGGUGUUGCUAAGCGGCUCAAAGCCAGAAACCAACCAUGGGCGCUCAUUGUAGAUGACAACUACGGAGAAGGCAGCGCGCGGGAGCAUGCUGCUCUCCAGCCACGUUUCUAUGGAUGUGCACUGAUCAUUGCGAGGUCCUUCGCGCGUAUCCAUGAGACUAAUUUGAAGAAACAAGGUGUAUUGCCUCUAUGGUUCGCCGACAAGGCGGACUACUCCCGUAUAGGGUCUGGUGAUAUUGUCGAGACAAUUGGCCUGGCGGAUCUUCUGCAAGGAGGAACUAGAAACACUAUAGAAAUCAAGGUCACCCCACGGAAUGGUGAACCUUUCAUAGUAUUGACUAGACAUACCAUGUCAGUGGAUCAACUCAAGUGGCUGCGAGCCGGGUCUGCGCUGAACCAUAUCCGUUCUGUGACGGUCUAGCGCGAGAAAAGUAUUAGUAUUACAGAAAUAAUAAUAAUACA